CUUCAUCAACAACUCGCCCUCUUCACGUCUCUCCCUCCUUCACCCCCUCCCUCAAGAACCCUCACAACGUCGACCCCACCAGCAUCAUCCCACCAUGCUCCUCUAUCACAGUCUCGCCAUCGCGCUCUCCUCCCUCACCCUCUCCACCGCACAGGACAGCCUCUUCGUCGCGCAAGCAGAAGCAGCGCAAUCCCUCCCCGCCACAAUCAAAUGGCCCACCAACCUCGUAGGCACCUGGUCGACUAAAUCCCUCAGCACGCUCACAGGCCCAGGCUUCUUCGACCCCAUAAGCGACGAGCUGAUCGAGCCCGAGCACACCGGCAUCUCCUACUCCUUCACCGACAACGGCUACUACGAAGAAGCCUACUUCCGCGCCAUCUCCGCCCCCUCCACCCCCAACUGCCCCCAGGGCCUGCUGCAAUGGCAGCACGGCAGCUACUUUGUCAACUCCACCGGCAGCCUCUACCUCGUGCCCAUCAAAGUCGACGGCCGGCAAUUGAUCAGCAAUCCAUGCGCGGGCAGCAGCGCGGACUAUCUGCGGUACAACCAGAGCGAGAUGUUCAGCAUGUACUCCCAAUUCACCGACCCCUACCACAACGUCCCCCGCCUCGACCUCUACGAAUGGGACGGCACGCCCAUGAACCCCAUGUACCUCGUCUACUCGCCCCCGCAAAUGCUCCCCACCACCACCCUCCUCCCCGUCACCUCCGCCACGGCACACAGCAAGAUGAAGAAGCGCGCGCUCGCCCCUGAAGUCCCGCUCAGCUGGAAGAAUGGGCUGAUGGAGCACAAGGAGCUGGUGCGGAGUAUCAACGCUGAUCGUUUGUGGUGGGUCGGGCUCGGGCUGACGGGUGUGGGCGGGUUGUUGUAUUUGGGGCCGAGGAGGAUGGGGUGGGUGUGAUUCAUUUUGCUUUUUCGCCUCGUGUACGAAGGGGAGAAGGACGGCGUGUGUGGGUCUGGGAUGUAUGAUUUAGUCGGGCUCGCUGGGAAGAUGGCGGCGUGGCAUGCAUUAGAUUGGCGUUUGGCAGGGCGUUUGCCGUUCAGAAAGAGGAUGGGAGAAAUGUGUCAAUAUCGCAUCAAGAUAGGAUCGAUCGAGCAGAAACAG